CCACUCAGUUUGCUCGAUUCCCGCUAUUCGAAUAGACGUUGGUCUGGCUCGUCCGCGUGUGUUGAAGAUGCCAUCGAUUCAUGGCCAUUGAUGAAAGUUAAUAUCUAAAGAACAAGUAGUGCGAAAUAACAAAAAACAAACGAAUACGAAACGAAAUCGAAUAGACGCAACAUGGCGCAAAAUAUGCGCAACUCCGAUCUAUCGCAGAUAGCGGUGAAUGCCAACAACAUACCCGACGACAGCGUUGAUUGCGGCAUUAAGGGUCUGGGCUGGUGCCGCGGUGCAGCCUGCCAGAAAUAUGCCCGUCUGCGCACCUUUGUCCUGGUGCUGGCCUGCACAGGCAUGCUCCAAGGCGCCUGCGAGUCCUACUUCCGUGUGUCGGCUAAGCAGGCUGCCUUCCAGUACGGCUACAGUGCGCUGCUAGUGGAUUGGCUGCUGGUGACUAGUGGACUGUGCCAGGCUGUGUUUGCCUUGGCGUUUGCCUUCUGGGCGGAUGUCUUUCAUCCCAUCAAGUGGCUGGUGGGCACACUGAUGCUGCAGGCGGUGACGUGUGUCAUUGCCGUCAUACCAUCCAUUAUGAAUUUUGCUGCUGGCACCAAGGCAAAGGAUGCUCUACUGGAUGCCAAUCUGUGUGCCACUUCGCUGGCUCAGUUCCAGAAACUAACGCUAACGGAGGAGCAGAGCAGCACCAUCACUCUGGUGAUGCUUUUCAUACUCCAACUGGCACUGGGCAUGGCUGGACUGGCAUACUACACCAUUGGCGUCACUUACAUCGACGACAACUCGCUGUCGCAGGACAGUCCGGCGGUGAUUGCAGCCACGCUGGCGGCACGCGUCUUUGGCCAGCAGGCGGGCUCCUUUCUGGUCUUGGGCGUGGGCCUCACGAACGUUGGCUGGUGGCUGGGUUGGGUCAUCCUCGCGCCGCUCAUCUUUGUGGGCGCAGUGCUGGUGGGACUGUUCCCCAAGCGACUGCCCAAGACGGUGAUCCAUCAGGCGGCACAGCGUAUCAUCGAGCAGUCGAACAUGCGCAGCUUUGGCAGUCAGUUCUCCACCUACCUGGACGACACGGACUUCUGGCCAUCGAUGAAGCGGCUGUUCAACAAUCGCCUGCUCAUGGUGAACCUCGUGAGCGUUAUGUUUGUGCAGAGUGCCGUGGUGAACUUUGGCCUGCAGGAGGAGAGCUAUCUGCAGAGUCGCUUCUUUUUGCCGUACAACGAGCAGGAUGGCCUCACCGAGGAGUGGCGCUCCGCCUUCGUCUCGUACUUCCUGAAGCCGCCAGUCAUGGCUGUGGGCAUGCUGAUUGGUGGUCUGGUCAUCUCCAAGGCACAGCUCUCGGCGCGCACCAUCACUUCCAUCAACAUAGGCAUGGGCCUCCAUCUGGUGGCCAUCUUCGUGGGCUUCAUCUUCCUCAAUUGCGAUGUGGGCGCCAUUGCGGGCGUGGUUGGUGGCAAACUCAGUCAACCCUACUGCUCCAGCCAGUGCCUGUGCACACCCACCGCCUUUAUGCCCGUGUGCCCGGAGAACAGCACCGUGACGUACUUCAAUCCCUGCUAUGCAGGCUGCACCAAGCAGAGUUCCAUCAACAGUUUCCAGAUCUUCGAGGGCUGCAGCUGCAGCGGGGAUCAAACGAUGAAUUCCUCGGGUACGAUGCGUGCCACAGCUGGUGCUUGCAGUGGCGACAUUUGCCAGCAGACCAUCAUCCUCUUCCAGAUCUUUAGCAUUUCCUCGGCCUUCCUGCUGGGCGUCAUGACCAUUGGCAAGACUUUGAUUACACUGCGCGCUGUGCUGCCACAGGAUAAGUCCUUGGCUUUGGCCUUUGAGCUGAUGAUUGUGGGACUCUUUGCCUAUAUACCCGUGCAUCUGAGCUACGACUUGGUGACACGCUCCACUUGCGUCUACUGGGCGCCCAACUAUGAGCGUUGUCUGCUGCGCGAGACCCCAAAACAUGGCAACAUUCUGGACAUACUCACCGCCAGCUUGAUUCUCACUGGAGUGCUCUUCGACAUUCUGGUGUUUAUCUUUGCCAAGGGCCUGAACCUCUACAACUGCAAGGUGACGGACAACAACUACACGCCGUCCCUCUACGCGCCCAUUCCACACGAGGAAACAACCGCCUCGGCAUCUGCGCCAAGAGGUGGCAGCCCCAUGACCACGACAACCACAUCCAUGGCCUCAGCCUCGCCCAUGCAGCGACGAGAUGCUCCGCCUGCCACGCACGAGGAACCUCAACAUGCGGUGGGAGUCUAUCGAAAUCCCAGCUCGGUGACAACCUCCUCGGGUGAGGCUCAGAGCAUUAUUGAGCCCAACGGCAGUGGUGUGACCUAUGCACAGGUGAUCUUCCCACCGGACAGACGCAAGGCCAACGAUGGCAACACCUCGCCCAAGCGACUGGCUGUACCUGCAAAUGUUCCACUGCAUCAUCUCUCCGAGACGGAUGUGCGCGCCCAGCUGGGCACCCUAAAGUCCUUCAAUGCACCCAGCCAAGUGGCUGAUCCGGGUCAAGAUGUUGUGGAUGAGCAGAAUCAGACACAGGCUAAGAUACAGCCACUACCACAGGCCCAGCCAUUGGAGGGGACACAUCGAGGUGUGACUUCGGCUCUGCCUGUCACUGCUCCUACACUGCCGGAAACUGCUCCCCCUGUUCCGGAAACUGAACCACCGACAACUCCGCCUGCUGUACAAAAAGCCGAGCUCAGCAAUCAGCGACAGCUCCAGGAUGAAGCAAGACCUCAGAGUCCCGAAACGGAUUUCUAAAAGGGUCACACACAAAGUAUUUUAAAUCUUUUUAUUACAUUUCUUAGUCCUAGAUACCAACCAAAAUGUCCAACAACGAAUCAUUUGAACAAAUAAAAAUAUUCUUCAUUUCAUUCUAAA